CUUAAAAUAAGCUAACAUGGCAACAGUUGAUGGUCUAGCAACACUGGGCCAAACACAGUUAUCUCAGCUGGAUUUGGUUUUGUAACUUUAAAUUGAAUUGAAUUUAAAUAAAGUUCCUCUAGCCAGCGCCUAAAAUGAUGCGCUACGAGGGCAACGAAAAGUUGGCCGACGAAACUGCCUGUGCCGGAGUGCGUGCCGACCUGAAAAUGUGCCUGUUAGAAAGCGAUUGCUGUCGAGUGGACCGCAAAACGCCGCGCCAGUGCCUUAUGGAUAACAACGUUCCGCCCGAGUGCCAGGUGCUCCGCAACACCUUCUACGAAUGCAAGCGCUCCCUGCUGGACAACCGACAACGCUUUCGCGGACGCAAAGGCUACUGAUCUUCAAACUUAAUUUGAUAUAUUUCUAAGUGUUUAAAAUACAAAUAAUUCUACAAUGGACAAA